AGACAAUUUUUAAGUCUCAAUUCCUCCACUGUCGCUCUGAUGGAUACAUUUGAGACCCUGAAAGCUGAACUGGUAAUAAUGCGAAAGGAGAAAGCAUACAUGGAAGCACUGCUAAGUUCUGUGGAGAGUGCGAUUGAAGAACAUAAGAGAGCGGUUUCGAUGUAUAAAGCCAUGCAAAAACUUGCUGAUGAUUUGUUGGACGUUGUACUGGAAGCGGGAGGUGAUCAUAACAACUGUCAGGAGCUUGACGAGGAAACCAUGAAGAAACUGGUCGAGGAAGCUCUAAGGGACUUUAAUGAAGCAUUGAACCAAGCUCAAUCUCGUCUGAUCAGCCCCGCAGAUGGCGGAAACGGGGGAGGGGAUGACAGCAGCUCUGGUGAUUAUAAUAAUCUUGAUAGAACCAAUAAAAAUAUUGGAAAUGAUACUUACGGAAGCGGCGGUGGCCACGAUUAAAAGGUGAGGGCUUAGUGGUUUAAAUAAUAAAUUAAAAAAAAUGGGUUAAGCCGUCUUUAACGGUUUUAUGUGCCUUUCGUGAACCUACUUAUUAGUAAACGAAAAAAACAGCGCGUAU